GAUCAAGAGAAGAACACAGCAAAGUGUUAUCCAUCGAUCGACGUCAUCAAGCUUUGAAGGUGCGUCGUCAUGUCGUACGGCUGCCAUGAGAAGGACGAGGAGACGAACGGGUCCAAGGCGUUGAGCCUCCUCCUCCGGCUGUCCACGCUGGCGCUGGCGCUCACCUCGGCGGUGGUCAUGGCCACGGCGAGCGAGUGCACCAUCAUCCAGCGCAACGGCGUCGUCGCCACCGUCACCUACAAGGACUUCCCGCCGUUCGGCUACCUCGUCGGGUUCAACAUCGUCGCCGCCGUGCUGGAGGCGGCCGCGAUCUACCUCCAGCUCAGCAAGGGCGGCGGCGACGACGACGACGGCGAGGGGUUCUCGGGUAAGCUCCCCCGGAUCCUCCUCGUCGUGCUCGACGUCGCCGUGCAGGCGCUCGUCUACUUGGCCACCGGCGCUGCGUUCGCCUCCUUGUCGGCGUACGGCCCGCAGAUUAAAGCCUGCGGCGCCGGGGCCGGCCGGUUCUGCGGGCAGGUGCACCAGUCGAAGCUCCUCUCGUCCGGCGCCAGCGCCGCCGUCGGCCUCGCCGUCGUCUUCAGGGACGUGUCGCUGCCGUUCUCCCUCUGGCCCACCUCGUCAGACUGACGUGUCAAAGAGUCAAAGUUGCAUAUAUACCAUCAGUAAUUUCGUAUGAUAUAUGCAGUAAUUAAUUUAUUUUUCUGGGCCUACUGGAGAUGGCAUGACAGGUGAUCUACACGAUUUUGGUACAAAUUUUAUAUUUCUAAGGAUAAGAUUUUUGUACGUGUUAAAGUUGUGAAAUGUUAUUGUUUUUUUUCGCAGAUGAAUGUUCUAGUUGUAAUAUAUGAAUUUGUAAUAUGUAAUUCAGAUUGCAUGUAUAUUUUGCUUAUUAGGCGUAUGGUGUCAUUAGUAAUGGGCCAAAAGUGAGC